GGUGCCGCCUGCGCCGGGCCGGGCUCGCUGGGCCGAGCCGUCCCCUCCUCCGCUCCUUGCUGCGUUUCGCCGGCUGGACGCGCUGGAGAAGGGGAGACGCUCCCGAGCCGGCCCUGGGGGCUGACAGUCGGCAAAGUUUGGACCGAAGAGGAAGUGGCGUCCAGCGCCAGCAGGUGGCGGCCAGGCCGGGACCCGGGGCGCUCGCAGCGUGCGGGCGGGGAGGGCGCGGCGGCCCGGGCCUCGGGGCCCGCUCCGGGGACUUCGGAGCCGGUCCCGGGGGAAAACAACUCCGAAGUUGGCGAGUGGCACCGCCCCUGCUGCCGGGCCGCGGCCGCCUCUGCGCCCCCCGCCCUGGCACCCCGAGCACGGGAAGAGGAGUCCGGGCCAUGGAGCCCCCGGCAGGACGCGGCGCGGGGGACCCUGGGCGCCCGGAGCGGCGCCGCCUGUCCACCCGGUAGACAAGCGAAGCCCCGAGACUCUCGGUGCGCGCCGGGACGUGUCGGGAUGCUGCCGGCCAUCCUCCUGCUCCUCCUCCCGGGAGGCGCCCUGGCGCACCCAGACCGGGCUGUCCUCCCAAAUCCUGCCUGUGAGGCGCCCCCCGCAGUGCUGUCAGUGCAGGGCACCCUGCAGAGGCCAGUGGGCCGGGAGAGCCGUGGCUCCCCUGCCAACUGCACCUGGCUCAUCCUGGGCAGCAAGGAGCAGACGGUGACCAUCAGGUUCCAGAAGCUGCACCUGGCCUGUGGCUCAGAGCGCUUACUCCUGCGCUCCCCGCUGCAGCCGCUCAUCUCCCUGUGCCAGGCGCCCGCCAGCCCCCUGCAGCUGCCUGGCGGCAAUGUCACCAUCACCUACACCUACAUGGGGGGCAGGGCGCCCAUGGGCCAGGGCUUCCUGCUCUCCUACAGCCAAGACUGGCUGAUGUGCCUGCAGGAAGAGUUCCAGUGCCUGAACCACCGCUGUCUGCCCGCCUCGCAGCGCUGUGACGGCCAGGAUGCCUGUGGCGAUGGCUCUGACGAGGCUGGGUGCAGUUCAGACCCUUUUCCGGACCUGACCCCGGCUCCCAGCCCCACCCCCCGCUGCAACCAUACCUUGGAAGACUUCUAUGGGGUCUUCUCCUCCCCUGGCUACUCUCACCUGACCUCAGCCUCCCACCCACAGUCCUGCCUCUGGCUUCUGGACCCCCACGAUGGCCGGCGGCUGGCAGUGCGUUUCACGGCUCUGGAUCUGGGCUACGGAGAUGCAGUGCACGUGUACGACGGGCCCGGCCCCCCGCAAACCCCCCGCCUGCUGCGCAGCCUCACCCACUUCAGCAAUGGCAAGGCAGUCACCGUGGAGACGCUCUCUGGCAAGGCUGUCGUGGCCUACCACACGGUCGCCUGGAGCAACGGCCGGGGCUUCAACGCCACCUACCACGUGAGGGGCUACUGCCUGCCCUGGGACCGGCCCUGUGGGCUAGGCUCAGGCCUGGGCGCUGGCGAGGGCCUCGGGGAGCGCUGCUACAGCGAGGCGCAGCGCUGCGAUGGCUCCUGGGACUGCGCCGACGGCACAGACGAGGAGAACUGCCCGGGCUGCCCCCCUGGACAUUACCCGUGCGGGCCCGCCGGGUCCCCCACGGCCACCGCCUGCUACCUGCCUGCUGACCGCUGCAACUACCAGACCUUCUGUGUGGACGGCGCCGACGAGAGGCGCUGCCGCCACUGCCAGCCGGGCAACUUCCAGUGCCGAGACGAGAAGUGCGUGUACGAGACGUGGGUGUGCGACGGGCAGCCGGACUGCGCCGACGGCAGCGACGAGUGGGACUGCUCCUACGCCCUGCCGCGCAAGGUCAUCACCGCCGCCGUCAUCGGCAGCCUGGUGUGCAGCCUGCUGCUGGUCAUCGCGCUGGGCUGCACCUGCAAGCUCUACGCCAUCCGCACCCAGGAGUACAGCAUCUUUGCCCCCCUGUCGCGGAUGGAGGCCGAGAUGGUGCAGCAGCAGGCGCCCCCGUCCUACGGGCAGCUCAUCGCCCAGGGCGCCAUCCCGCCCGUGGAGGACUUCCCCACGGAGAACCCCAGCGACAACUCAGUGCUGGGCAACCUGCGUUCCCUGCUGCAGAUCCUGCGCCAAGAUAUGACCCCGGGGGGCGGCCCAGGCCCCCGGCGCCGGCAGCGGGGCCGCUCCGUCCGCCGCCUAGUGCGACGACUCCGCCGCUGGGGCCUGCUUCCUCGAGCCAGCACCCAGGCCCGAACCGCUGACACCAGGCCCCAGACCGUACCUUCCACCUCGCCCCCAGAGGCCUCCGAGGGGACCCCCAGCCCUGCCCCUGAAGGAGGGGCGGUGGGUGGGCAGGAUGGGGAGCAGGCACCCCCCCUGCCGGCCAAGGCUCCCCUCCCAUCAACCAGUGCGGCCCCUGCCCUCCCCACUGCCCCUGAGGCGCAAGGGUCAGGGCCCUCGGGGCCCCUGGAGCCCUCCCUGCUGUCCGGAGUGGUGCAGGCCCUUCGAGGUCGUCUCCUGCCUGGCCUGCGCCCCCCAGGGCCUUCCCGGCCCCCGGCUGGCCCCCACCCAACCGUCCUGCCCCCAGAGGACGAAGAUGAUGUGCUGCUGGUGCCACUGGCCGAGCCCGGUGUCUGGGUGGUGGAAGUGGAGGACGAGCCCCUGCUUGCCUGAGGGGUUCCGGCUCUCCGGGGGGGCCCGGUCUCACCUUCCAGGGGUCCCCAGCUUCCCAUCCCCUACUUCUGCCCCUCAUCGGGGGGGCUCGGUGGCCUUCCCACCAACCCUGUCACUGCUGUAAGUUGGGGGUCCCUCCAGAGGGAGAGGGCUCCCCCAGUCCCCGUUCAUCGCCGAGACUGUCUUCACCGUCACUCUCGCAGGGGGCCAAAGUUCCUCAGAGUCAAAGGCCUGGACACUCCGCCCUUGCCAGAACACACACCCCACACCCCCACCAGAAAGUGGCCUUAAACACCAGGAUGCCGAUGGGCUGGAGACCUUCAGCUUCCACUGGGAGCAUCUGGGCAGGCCCUGAGAUCUGGCCCACCCCAGUCACUGCUCCAGGGCUCAGCACAUAGGAGAAGCACAGCAAACGCUUUUGUCCCAUAGCUAGGUCGUUGCCCAGGAAGCCCAGGUUGAAAAUAAAGGAAUCCGAAAUGUAAGUGGUUUGUAGU